AUGUAUUUUGCUCUUUUCGGAAUAACGGCUUUUCUAGGCCUGCGCUAUUCUAGUGCUGGUACACCAUACCUAGAUCAAAAUCCAGCGCUCCAAGAGUAUCAGGAUCAUGCUUCGAUCUUUCCCCUUGAAGAGGCCUGGUACAUUGCCUACAGAAACUUCGAAUCAGAUCCAGUCUUUGGUGGCAAAGCUAAAUGCGUCAGAUUCAGCUCGAAUGGUGUAGGAGAAGACGGCGCUUACCCUGUGGUUUUUCAGUAUGCUCCAAGCUUUUCUGCAAAUGCAACAAUUACCUUCAGCUUAUCUCCAGGAUAUACUAUAAAAAACGUUGCGAAUUUCGAGGAUCAAGGUCAAACUAUUUCUGUCAAUGGAAUCUCAGCGUACACAAAUGUUAAGGAAUGCUCUGUGCUGCGAUUGCCGUACGCAGGCGAAGGCAAAUGCAUACUCAUCGUUCCCGAGAGCAGACUGGAUACUAUUGAACCCUGCUGCAAUUAUACAUUUGAUCUUCUCUGUGGUGCAACUCCGAAGUUCAACAUUUUCGACAGCAGCUGCAAAUAGCAGGCUUAAAGCUUUGACCAGCCUGAUUGGUAAAGUCAAGGUAUAUAUACAAGCACGCUCAAGAUGGUGGAUUGUGGUGAA